AUCUCCCUUGUGUGCCCCAAGCAUUGUGCAAAAUCCAGUCCCAAGUGUCACCCUAUCCCAUGAUGCACUCCACCACAUCCAUUACCUCCCUCUUCUCCUUCACCAGUCCAGCUGUGAAGAGGUUGCUGGGCUGGAAACAGGGAGAUGAAGAGGAGAAGUGGGCAGAAAAGGCUGUUGAUUCUCUUGUAAAGAAACUAAAGAAAAAGAAAGGAGCCAUGGAGGAACUCGAAAAGGCUCUGAGCUGCCCCGGCCAGCCCAGUAAAUGUGUGACCAUCCCUCGUUCCCUGGAUGGAAGGCUCCAGGUGUCCCAUCGUAAAGGUCUGCCACAUGUCAUCUACUGCCGAGUGUGGCGCUGGCCAGAUCUGCAGUCCCACCAUGAGCUCAAAGCACUGGACUGCUGUGAGUUUCCCUUUGGCUCCAAACAGAAGGAGAUCUGCAUCAACCCCUAUCAUUACCGCCGUGUGGAGACGCCAGUGUUGCCCCCAGUCCUUGUGCCACGUCACAGUGAGUUCAACCCCCAGCACAGCUUGUUGGCAAAGUUCCGGAACGCUUCCUUACACAAUGAACCUCUCAUGCCACAGAAUGCCACUUAUCCAGACUCCUUCCCUGCAAUGCCCUGCAGUUCAUUCUCUUCGUCUCCCUCCAGCUCUUUAAAUCAAUCCCCUACUGCACACAGCUACCCCAACUCCCCUAGUAGUGGGACUGACCCCGGGAGCCCACCCUACCAAAUCACAGCAGAGACGCCUCCUCCACCCUAUAGUAUGAUGGAGACUACCCCCACGGAGGAUGUGAAACCAGGAGAAACCUCCAACCCCAAUAAACUCAUUCUGUCAGCACCCCAUAUAGACUUGAGGCCGGUAUGUUAUGAGGAACCAGAAUACUGGUGCUCAGUGGCGUAUUACGAGUUGAACAACAGAGUGGGCGAGACAUUCCACGCCUCCUCCCGAAGCAUUCUGGUGGAUGGCUUCACAGACCCCUCCAACAAUAAGAACCGAUUCUGUCUUGGAUUGCUGUCCAACGUCAACCGAAACUCCACCAUUGAGCACACACGCAGGCACAUAGGCAAAGGUGUGCAUCUCUAUUACGUCGGUGGAGAGGUGUAUGCAGAGUGUCUGAGUGACAGCAGUAUUUUCGUUCAGAGUCGGAACUGUAACUACCAGCAUGGUUUUCACCCAACCACUGUUUGUAAGAUCCCAAGUGGAUGCAGCCUCAAGAUCUUCAACAACCAGCUGUUUGCCCAGCUGCUGUCACAGUCAGUAAACCAUGGCUUUGAGGUGGUCUAUGAACUCACCAAGAUGUGCACCAUCAGGAUGAGUUUUGUCAAGGGCUGGGGUGCCGAGUACCACCGUCAGGAUGUCACCAGCACCCCCUGCUGGAUAGAAAUCCAUCUACAUGGGCCACUGCAAUGGCUAGACAAAGUUCUGACCCAAAUGGGCUCCCCACACAAUCCUAUCUCCUCUGUGUCCUAAUGUAUUUGAAACAACAAAGCCAGAUGAUCAGAGACAGGGGAAUAUAGUUCUUCAAAAGACUUUGUAGCGCCACAGGACAUAAUGCUUUCUCUCUUGUGAAAAUAUCUAUGUGAUUUCAAUGGGUGUUUAUGGUACAGGUAGGGCCAGUGGUGAUAUAUGUACAGUAUCAUGUCGUUUAAAACAGUUGUGUGGUUAGACAAGUGUUGCAUUUUGAAAUAAAACAAUAAAGAUUACUACUUUGCA